CUAUAAGUUGCCGUUGCUCUCAGCCUCUGCAGUGCCUGCUGCCAGUGGUCUAAACUUGGAGUGUCCUGCCGCGUUUGGAGAGUUUGAGGAGUCAUCGCCAGCACCUGACCAUGGCCGAGGAGCUGGUUCUGGAGAGAUGCGACCUGGAGCUGGAGGCCAAUGGCCGUGACCACUACACGGCAGACCUGUGUGAGAAGAGGCUUGUGGUACGGCGGGGCCAGCCCUUCUGGCUGACGCUGCACUUCGAGGGCAGAAACUACGAGGCCAGCGUGGACAGCCUCACCUUCAGUGCCGUGACCGGCCCAGCCCCCAGCGAGGAAGCUGGAACCAAAGCCCGCUUCCCACUGACCGAUGUUGUGGAGGAAGGUGGCUGGAAUGCCUCGAUGGUAAACCAGCAGGACAAUGUCCUCUCAUUGCAGCUCAGCACCCCAGCCAAUGCCCCCAUCGGACUGUACCGCCUCAGCCUGGAGGCCUCCACCGGCUACCAGGGCUCCAGCUUCAUGCUGGGCCACUUCGUCCUGCUCUUCAACAGCUGGUGCCCAGCGGAUGCUGUGUACCUGGACUCCGAAGCGGAGCGGCAGGAGUACGUCCUAACCCAGCACGGCUUCAUCUACCAGGGUUCAGCCAAGUUCAUAAACAGCAUACCUUGGAACUUUGGGCAGUUUGAAGACGGGAUCCUGGACAUCUGCCUGAUGCUCCUGGACGUCAACCCCAAGUUCCUGAAAAACGGUGGCCGUGACUGCUCCCGCCGCAGCAGCCCCAUCUAUGUGGGCCGAGUGGUGAGCGCCAUGGUCAACUGCAAUGACGACAAGGGUGUGCUGUUUGGGCGCUGGGACAACAACUACCAGGAUGGCAUCAGCCCCAUGUUCUGGAUCAGCAGUGUGGACAUCCUGAGGCGCUGGAAGAGCUACGGCUGCCAGAAUGUCAAGUACGGCCAGUGCUGGGUCUUCGCCGCCGUGGCCUGCACAGUGCUUCGGUGCCUCGGUAUCCCCACCCGAGUCGUGACCAACUAUAACUCGGCCCAUGACCAGAACAGCAACCUGGUCAUCGAGUACUUUUACGACGAGUAUGGGGCGUUCCAGCGUAAGAGGAGCGAGAUGAUAUGGAAUUUCCACUGCUGGGUGGAGUCGUGGAUGACCAGGCCAGACCUGAAACGGGGGUACGAGGGGUGGCAGGCCAUCGACCCCACGCCCCAAGAGAAGAGUGAAGGGACAUACUGCUGUGGCCCGGUUCCAGUGCGUGCCAUCAAGGAAGGUGACCUGAGCACCAAGUACGACGCGCCUUUUGUCUUCGCGGAGGUCAAUGCCGAUGUGGUGAGCUGGAUCCAGCAGGAGGAUGGGUCCGUGCACAAGUCCGUCAACAGCUCCAUGGUUGUGGGGCUGAAGAUCAGCACCAAGCGCGUGGGCCGUGACGAGCGGGAGGACAUUACCCACAACUACAAGUACCCAGAGGGGUCCCCAGAGGAGAGGGAAGCCUUCAAGAGGGCCAAUCACCUGAACAAGCUGGCUGAGAAAGAGGAGACGGGGAUAGCCAUGCGGAUCCGUGUGGGCCAGAGCAUGGCAAUGGGCACUGACUUCGAUGUCUUCGCUCACAUCACCAAUAACACCGCCGAGGACCACACCUGCCGCCUCCUGCUCUGUGCUCGCACUGUCAGCUACAACGGAAUCCUGGGGCCCGAGUGUGGCACCGAGGACCUGUCCGAUCUUACCCUGGAGCCCUACUCCGAGAAGAGCAUUCCCCUUCGAAUCCUCUAUGAGAAGUACUGUGACUGCCUGACGGAGUCGAACCUCAUCAAGGUACGGGGCCUCCUCAUCGAGCCGGCUGCCAACAGCUACCUGAUGGCCGAGAGGGACAUCUACCUGGAGAAUCCAGAAAUCAAGAUCCGGGUCCUGGGAGAGCCCAAGCAACACCGCAAGCUGGUGGCUGAGGUGUCCCUACGGAACCCACUCACCAUAGCACUGGGAGGUUGCACGUUCACCGUGGAGGGGGCCGGCCUGACUGAGGAGCAGAAGACCGUGGAGGUCUCAGACCCCGUGGAGGCAGGGGCAGAAGCCAAGGUGAGGGUGGACCUGCUGCCCCUCCACGUGGGCCGCCACAAGCUGGUGGUGAACUUCGAGAGUGACAGGCUAAAGGCCGUGAAGGGCUUCCGGAACGUCAUCGUUGGCCCCCCCUAAGGGACGCCUGUGCCCAGCCCCACCUCAGCCAGCCAAGAGCCCACAACUUGACCCCCAAUCUUUAUCCCAAAUUAAUGAGCAAAAUUUCCCCCCUUUGAGUCCCAGACCCCAGGUCAGGGGUAGGCUGCCUACCCCUGGGAGGGUGGGGGAGUUAUUUGGAAUAUAAAUACUUCUGGCCCAUCUUGUCCCCUGAGCCUGGUUCCCAUCCCCCCUUUACCUGUAAGGAAUGUUCUGUACCUCCACAUGGGAGACUUGACCUUGGCUGACUGGGCCUGGGGAGGUGGAGGAGGGACCCACGCCUCCCUGUCCAGCCCAGAUGUCAUUUGGAAAGCUACUGACCACCCGCCAUAUUGUCUGAUCUACUCCGUAGCCCCUAGAAGCAAGCAAAAAAGAGACAGUGUGUCCUUCGGCUGACUCAAGGAACUCAACACCCCACAUGCCCUGCACCCCUACCCCAGACUGUGCCCAAGCCCCAGGGGCCCUUGGGAUAGACAGAGCAGGUAGGGAUGGGAGGGUCCCUGAUAUAGGCCAGGCUUAAGCUUCUCCCACAUCCCAGAAGCUCUGGCCCACAGUCCCCUACCCUCCUCACUAUGGCGAGGCACGUAGUAUGUGCCAGGUGCUUCCUGUAGUUGCUGGUGCUCACGCGGCCACCAACCCAUUUAAUCACCACAGGAACCUGCAGAGUGGGAGCUGCUUUCACAGUGAGGGGACUGAGGCUUGGCGAAGGGCGGUGGUUCAUUUCACACCGGCUAGCUCGUGGAUAUUUGCAAGUCUGGGUAUUGUGAAGGCAUGAGAACAGAGUCUGGGCCGUCUGACUCCAAGUCCAGCAUCCAAUUCAUGACACCAGACUUGACCUGAGAAUGUCAGAGAGGCCAUGUGGGACCAGCCCUGGGCUGGAGCCCCAAGACCGGCCAGCCACUGCCUUCUUCUCCUCUCUGGGCCUCGGUGUCCUUUUUGGUCAGUGGAGAGGUUGAUCCAGUUCAUCUCCAAGGCCCUCUCGCUCUGCAACUCGGAUGCUUUGUAUGACCAAGUCUUGCAAAUGCCAGCGAGUCUUAUUCCCUGGCUCCACAGAGACUUAGGCCAAAGACCCAGGAUGUUUCUGAAAGUGAAACCAUGACCAUGAUCACCAUUCUGCCCCCCGCCCAGUGCAGGUCCCCCACCUUCCUUCAAAUCCCAAUUCUAGGGGAAAAGAGCCCCGGAGGCCCCUGUCCUCCCCGUGAGCCCACCCAUCGCAAUGCUUAGACUUCACAAGUGCCUUAGCUGCCUGUCCUGGUCACUAACCAACAAGGUUGGCACCUCAUCCACCGACUUUUUGCAGGACCAUGGCCUUGGAACACAGCCCUUGCCCCUUAGUAAGCUUGGAGAGCCCCUGAGUUGUCAUCUCUGAGUUCAUCCCCCACACUCCGCAUGUGACUAGGCCCCCCUCAUUCUGGACGAGGGAGAUAAGGAGCAUUCUCUAACUGGGGUGGGGUCACAGCCUCCAGGGCCCCCAAAAGCCCAGAGAGGGACUUGGGGAAAGUCAUACUGAUGCACUUAGAACUUUCUGCUUUGCACAGGGAAGAAUCACAAAAUGAGCCAACACGUAUGUUCCUAUUAUAAAUAUUGCUCUAUUUCUCUAUGGUUUUAUAAAAUGCUUUGGGGUUCCAAGCAGACAGUAGAUAUGCUUUUGAGCCACAAGUAGUGAGCACUGAAAUAAAAGAGUUUAUUUUUCACAUUCAAA